GUCACGUGACCCCUCUGUUUACAGACAUCCGGAGAAACAUGGAGGACACCCCCGGCAGUAAUCCCCAAUCUCUCCGAUUUACAGAGAAGUUGAAGUCUUGGCUCUCUUGUUCAUGGACUUACUUGUGCCUCAUCUGGUUUGGCAUGGUGCUGAUUAUGAUAUACGUGCUGUGGAGUCCACUGAAACUGCAGGAGUCCCUCACCUCAGCAUCAGUGUUUUUGAAUACCCUUACUCCCAAAUUCUACGUUGCCCUCACUGGAACCUCCUCUCUCAUCUCUGGACUUAUCCUUAUAUUUGAGUGGUGGUAUUUUCGCAAAUAUGGGACUUCGUUCAUCGAACAAGUUUCUGUGAGCCACCUGCGACCUCUGCUGGGCGGAGUGGAGAGCAGCUCCACUACUGGCCUGUUCUCAUCGGUUAAUGGAGAAGCAGAGCCAAGACCCAGUGUGUCUGAAUGUAAGGUCUGGAGGAACCCCUUGAAUCUUUUCAGAGGGGCAGAAUACAACAGGUACACUUGGGUAACUGGAAAGGAACCUUUGACCUACUAUGAUAUGAACCUGUCAGCUCAAGAUCAUCAGACCUUCUUUACAGGAGAUACUCAACAGUUAAGGCCAGAAGAUGCAGUGAUGCAGAAGGCCUGGAGGGAGAGAAAUCCUCAAGCUCGGAUCAGAGCUGCUUACCAGGCCAUAAAAAUAAACCACGAAUGUGCUGCUGCUUAUGUCCUUUUAGCAGAGGAAGAAGCCACAACCAUCACAGAAGCUGAGCGCCUUUUUAAAAAAGCCUUAAGUUUUGCUGGAAAAGACAUCAACUUACUGGUAUACAUUAAACGUAGACUGGCAAUGUGUGCUCGCAAGCUGGGAAGGAUCAAAGAAGCAGUCAAAAUGAUGAGAGAAUUAAUGAAAGAGUUCCCAUUGUUGGGAAUGUUGAAUAUACAUGAAAAUCUGUUGGAGGCUCUUCUCGAGCUCCAAGCAUACGCUGAUGUCCAAGCAGUCCUUUCAAAAUAUGACGACAUCAGUUUGCCAAAAUCAGCCACUAUAUGCUACACAUCUGCACUGCUGAAAGCACGGGCUGUUUCAGAUAAGUUCUCUCCUGAAGCGGCGUCCAGGCGGGGCCUAAGCACAGCAGAGAUGAACGCCGUGGAGGCCAUACACAGAGCCGUUGAGUUCAACCCACACGUGCCAAAGUACUUAUUAGAGAUGAAGAGCUUGAUCCUGCCUCCAGAGCACAUCUUGAAGAGGGGGGACAGUGAAGCGGUAGCGUACGCUUUCUUCCACCUGCAGCACUGGAAGAGAGCAGAAGGAGCCUUAAACCUUUUACACUGCACCUGGGAGGGCACCUUCCGCAUAAUCCCAUACCCACUGGAGAAGGGUCACCUGUUUUAUCCUUACCCCGGAUGCACAGAAACAGCAGAUAGGGAGCUACUGCCAUCUUUCCACGAGGUGUCUGUAUACCCAAAGAAAGAGCUUCCGUUCUUCAUCCUCUUCACUGCAGGCCUUUGCUCCUUCACUGCCAUGCUGGCCAUGCUCACACACCAGUUCCCCGAGCUCAUGGGUAUCUUUGCCAAAGCUUUCUUCAGCACACUCUUCGCACCUCUGGGCUUUUUUGCAGACAAGAUGGAAAGCUUCAUGCCGUCCAGUUUUUGGCACCAGCUGACUCGGAUCUGACUCCCUCUGUGUUUCCCCCCACACACAAACACACACUCACGGUGACACUUACACACUGAUACAUUUCAAAAAUGUUGGGCAAAAGAGUCAUCGCUCCCCUGUCUUCAGCAUAGCUGUCUACUUGUCGCAAAAUGUUAGGGAUUAUUUAAGACGAUGUUGGAUUAACACACUCUGAACAUCCUCCCUUGCAUAGUUUGUGCAGCCAAAACACUUGAAAAACAUUUGCUACUAUUUCACUUGUCAUGAGGUGGGGAUAAAAGAUGCUUCACGUGCAUCAAACCUGGGUUUUACACACAAACAAACACACACACACACAAAGGGAGUCAAAUUAGGGUAAAAAAUGUGUCCAGCGUUCACAAUCAUGUUUAGAAGGGUUGAGGCUUCGUCAAAGACACGAUUUACAGCCCUGAAAUUUCAUUUCAGCAUUUCAAACUAUUCCCAGUCAAAUGGUGGCGCGGGGAUUCUCUUCUCCUUUUUUAACACACUGGCUGACAUUACCCUGACAACCACCUAUUCAUUUUAGAGCUGUGCAAAAGCAAGAAAAACAAUGAAUUUCACUGGUUUUAUUUAAUUCCACAAUCAAAAAAUAAGUGUUAAUAUAUUUGAAACCAGUGAAAGCACUAGUUUGGGUUGAUGAACUGACCUCCCUGAUGGUUGCACAAUCACAAUUAAAGCACUUGUGGCCAUAAAACAGGACAAAUGCACUUUUUUUUUCAUUUACAAUUUAGUCAUUUAUUUUAUUGCAUUUUCUUUCUUUGGGAUCCAGGAGAUGGGAAAGCUCGUGUUUCUGAGUGUUCUGACAGCUCACUCAAAAAGAUCAUAAAGAAAACCGUUCCACGAAGCAUUGGAUGUGCAAAGAAAACAAUGAUUCAGGUUAAGGAUGCUAAUAAAAUGUCCACCUAACUGUUCCAAAAAUGGAAAAAUGUUCACUAAAUACAAAAGCGUGUGUUGUUCCCACUUCGCCUUUGCUUUUAUUUCAGGCUAAAUAACAUUUUUGCUCUUGAAUUUAAAGACUCAUGCUGAGGACAGGAGAGUAAACACAAGAAACUGCCAAUUGAUGGUGUUGGAUGUCAAAGCUUACAAUUAAAAAAAACGAAAAACCUUUUAA